UUGAUUGACACAAGAGCAGUGUUAUAAUGUGUAAUGUACUGUAGCUGUAUACAUCAUUAUUCAGGAACUGUGACAAACUGCACUACUAAUUUGGACUUUUAAUUGUAAUCAAGUACAUAUGAUAUCAGAGUGACCACGCCAGGGCUGGCAUAUAAAUACCAUUCACGCCUCAGCUGAAAAACAAAAGGACUUGGAGACAGUAGAGCUAAAGGAAAUCGGAAGUCAGCCAAGCAGCUCCAGAAAAAACCGUAAGCUACAAUGUUCGCAAAAAUUUCCUCUGCCGUGAUCAUCAUUCUGCUCUAUAUCACGGCAUCAGAAGCCAAGGGCUUACUGAGAUCAGCAUCUGAGUUACGGUGUCAGUGCAUCAAGCUUGAAACAAAACAAAUAUCUUCUAAACAAAUGGAACGUGUGGAGCUCAUACCAAGUGGACCCCACUGCAAAAAUGUUGAAUUAAUCAUUACUCUUAAAUCUAAGGACCUUGUUUGUGUCGAUCCUUCUGCUUCUUGGGUACAGAGAAUUAUCAAGAAGAUAUUAGAAAGUCAAGAAAACGAGUCAGCAAUUUAAGAAUCUCAACUAUGAAAAUGGUUCUCUUUCCGAAGAACAUCAACAAGAAUUAAUUUCAAUGCAAAAUAAUUAUGUAUUAUUUUAUUUAUUUACUACAUAAUGUAUGAAACAUGUUCAAUUGGAUGGUUAACUAUAUAAUUAAACCCUGAUUUUGGCUUCA